CACGCUUUCCCCUUCUUGCUCUUUUUUAAGACGGCAGUUUGGGAUGGCUUCGCUCGUGGCGAGUUUAUACAUUUGUUCGAAAAGGAUUUCAAGCCAGACGUGGAGAGAAUAAAUAACACAUAAAAAGGCGUCUCGCUUCAAAACCAUUUUUCACAGGCGCCUGGGAUUUUUAUGUCGAAAGCAUUAAGACGAAAGAAAAAGGGACGGCUUGAUUUGAAAAGACCGGUUGGUGUGGAGCCUGCUGCAGCCAGCCAAUCGGGAAGUUUGAGGUUGCUAUACAUCAGACUACAUGGAUUUAAAUAUCAAAGGCAGCUCUCUACCCUUGAUCCCACAACACUUGAAUCCCAUCAGCAUGAAACAAAUGCCUGAAGCAAUGGGCAAUAUGAGUAAUCCAGAACCAGAAGAAAUGAGCACUGAUCCAGUCACUCUUAUAGAUAAAGCUGCAGCUCAGUUGGCUGUCUCGUUCCAGGACAGUGUUUUUCAAAAAAUAAAUGUGCAUGACUCUCGAGCUAAAACACUGAAGGACCUGACUUCUCGGGUAUUGAAUGGAGACCAGGAUAAAGUUGCAAUGUUUUGUGGUGAACCUCUGAGUUUGAAAGGAAAUGAAACUCCUCCACAGAACAUCAGCCCAAAAAAGAAAAGUGAAUCUCCUGAAAUAAAGCUAAAGAUCACAAAAACUAUAACCAAUGGAAAACCACACUUUGAGUCCCAUUUCUGUGAAGAUGGAGAAAGUGUUCCCAAUGAAGUUAGUGCAGCAGCUUCAUCUAUUACAACAAAAAACAAAGAGGAUGGGGAAAGUGAUGUCAACAAUACUUCUCAAAAGAAUGUCACAUUUGAUGUGAGGUCUAAUCAUGUUGCUUUACAUGCUGCAAUGUCACCAUCAGUUAAGAUUGAAAAGCUUGAUAUGUCUCAUGAUAAGGAGUUACACAAACGACUUGCACUUAAUUUUCAAGUGAAAUUCAACGCUGGAGAUAUAGUUUGGACAAAGGUAUCUGGAUAUCCAUGGUGGCCUUGUAUGAUUGCUACUGAUCCAGUUCUAAACAAUCACAUAAAGCGGAAAGGACUCAACAGCAGAAUGUCUGUGCAGUAUCAUCUUCAGUUUUUUGGUAGUGCACCUGAAAGAGCUUAUAUUUUUGAGAAGAGUAUUAUUCCCUUCAAAGGAGAAGAACAAUAUGAAGAUUUAUGCCAAGAGAGUGCUAAGCAGGGCACAUCAAAGAGUGAAAAGAAAAAGAUUCUUAAACCGAUACCAGCUAAAUUGCGUGUGCAGUGGGAUUUUGGUAUUUCUCAAGCAAAGGAAGCUUUAGGCAUGAGUAUAGAAGAGCGCAUGGAAAAAUAUUCAUUUGUUUAUGUUAAUGGGAGACCAAGACUGAAUCCACAUGUCCGUGCAGAAGUUGGUAUUGAAGAAGAGCCUCUUGGUGAAGCAGCUGAGACAUUAAGGUUAAAAGAAAGCAUAAGAGUCAAAGGUGACAAGGUAUAUUUUGUACCUAGUAAGAAGCGAAAGAAGGCUAGUGCCACACAGCUCAAAUUUUGUACUACAAGAACGAAAAUUACAAGCUCCCGAAAGCAGUGUACACAAUCCAAAAUAAGAAAAAAAUCCACAAAUCUUAAAGGAGACAAGAAUGGUGUUUCAUGCUUCCCAAAGCAAAAAAAAGUGUUGCUGCCAGAUGAUGAGGCUAUUGCAAGUGCAAACUUAUUUGGAGUCCAAAUGAGCCAGAAGAAUAAAAAGACAUCAAGGAUCACCAGCAGAAAAACUGGGCAGGUAACUGCCGCCACAGGAAAAGCUAGAGGACAGUGGAUGCGUAUUUCUCAGAACAAAAAUGAAAAGGCUACAAAACCAAGAGGAAAAUCUGAAGUAUCACAAAGAAAAAAGCAGAUUAAAAGGCCAUUAGAACUUGAUGAACAUUUGAAAACCAUGGAGCCAAGGAAGAGGGCCAGAAGAGACAGUAGUCUGAGCCCAAAGAAAAAACCUAAACAGUUGAAAAGGAAGCGAUCUCCAGAAAGAUUAGGCUUAAUGAUGGAAACUAAAUAUACAGACAACUUCAAACCAUUGAAAAAGUAUAAAAGACGUUUGAACAAUGAAACAACUUUAUCCUUUGGCAGCAAGAAUUCCUCCUUGCAGAACUCUUGCCCUGAACAUGAGAAUUCAUUUGAAGGGCAUUCAGAGGACCGCCCAGAAUCACCAUAUGAAAGUGCAGAUGAGACACAGACUGAAACUUCAGUGUCCUCAAAGAAAUCAGAGCGAGGAGGGAAUUCAAAGAAAGAAAGUAUUUGUCAGGUUUGUGAAGGUCCAGGUGAAUUGUUGCUGCUUUGUGAAGGACCAUGUUGCAGUUCUUUUCAUUUGAAUUGCUUGGGACUGAUUGAAAAACCAGAAGGAAAAUUUCUUUGCAAAGAUUGUACUUCAGGAAUUCAUUUUUGCUUUGCUUGCAAAAAGACAGAAGGUCAGGUGAAGCGCUGCAUGGUAUUUCAGUGUGGUAAAUUCUACCAUGAAGAUUGUGUGAGGAAAUAUUCUCUAUCAGUUUUUGAGAACAAGGGCUUCCGCUGCCCCUUGCACUCCUGCCUCAGCUGCUACGUCAGCAGACCUUUAAGACUGAAGGCCACAAAAGGUAAAUUGAUGAGAUGUGUACGUUGUCCUGUUGCGUAUCACACUGGAGAUGCCUGUAUUGCAGCUGGAUGUGAGGUUUUGUCAUAUAACUCUAUUAUAUGCACCAACCAUUUCAAAUCCAAGAAAGGCUAUAGUCACCAUGCACAUGUCAACGUCAGCUGGUGCUUUGUGUGUUCAAAAGGAGGUAGUCUGUUGUGUUGUGAAUCAUGCCCUGCUGCAUUUCACCCAGAUUGUCUAAAUAUAGAGAUGCCUGCUGGAAGCUGGUACUGUAAUGACUGCAAGGCUGGAAAGAAGCCUCACUAUAGGGAUAUUAUAUGGGUCAAACUGGGAAAUUACAGAUGGUGGCCAGCAGAAAUUAGACAUCCAAAAAGUAUUCCUUUGAACAUCCAGCAUCUACGCCAUGAAACUGGAGAGUUUCCGGUGUUCUUUUUUGGAUCCAAGGAUUACUUUUGGACACACCAAGCCCGUGUUUUCCCAUAUAUGGAAGGAGAUCAAGGGAGCAAAUACCAUCGAAUGAAAGGCAUCGGGAAAGUUUUCAAAACAGCACUUCAGGAAGCUGAGAUGCGUUUCAGACAGCUCAAAAUUGAGCGCGAGACUAGAGAGGCACAGGAAAAUGAACGAAAGCCACCUCCUUACAAACACAUUAAGGUUAACAAACCCUGUGGCAAAGUGCAGAUAUACACAGCAGACAUUUCUGAAAUCCCAAAGUGCAACUGUAAAACUACAGAUGAAAAUCCUUGCAGUUUUGAAUCGGAGUGCUUAAACAGAAUGCUGAUGUACGAGUGCCAUCCCGCUGUGUGCCCUGCAGGUGAACGUUGCCAGAACCAGUGCUUUACUAAACGUCAUUAUCCAGAAACCAAGAUAAUCAAAACAGCAGGAAAGGGGUGGGGGCUUAUAUGUAAGAGAGACAUCAAAAAGGGAGAGUUUGUUAAUGAAUAUAUUGGGGAGCUAAUAGAUGAAGAAGAAUGUAGAGCAAGGAUAAAAUAUGCCCAAGAAAACGAUAUCACCCAUUUCUACAUGCUUACCAUUGACAAGGAUCGUAUUAUUGAUGCUGGUAUGAAAGGCAAUUAUUCUCGCUUCAUGAAUCACAGCUGUCAGCCGAACUGUGAAACGCAGAAGUGGACAGUGAAUGGGGACACCCGAGUAGGAUUAUUUGCAGUCUGUGACAUACCUGCAGGUACUGAAUUGACCUUUAAUUAUAACCUUGACUGUUUGGGCAAUGAGAAAACUAUUUGUAGGUGUGGAGCUCCAAACUGCAGUGGUUUCCUUGGAGACAGACCUAAGAAUGCUUCCAGCAAUACUUCAGAAUUCAAAGGAAAGAAAGCUAAGAAGAAAAUGAAAAGGCGCAAGUCUCGAAAUGAAGGAAAGAAGUCUGAGGAUGAGUGCUUUCGCUGUGGUGAUGGUGGAGAGCUGGUUCUUUGUGAUAAGAAGUCCUGCACCAAGGCUUAUCAUCUUUCAUGCCUUGAUCUCACUAAACGUCCCUUUGGACGCUGGGACUGUCCUUGGCACCACUGUGAUGUCUGUGGAAAGAACUCUGUGACAUUUUGCCAGAUUUGCCCAAAUUCUUUUUGCAAAGAGCAUGAAGAGGGAGUUGCAUUUAUUUCUCUGAAUGGAAAACUGUGCUGCUCGGAGCAUGAGGACCUAGACUCAAAUCAGGCUCAAGAGACAGUGGAGAAAGCACCCACACUGGAGAAGACAACUGUGAGAAAGUCCAAAGUUGCCAAGAUCUCCAAGAAAGCAUAGGCUUAUAAGAAAAAGGUGGCAAAGGACAAGAGACUAUUUGCAGUUCCAAGCUGCUAACACUAUUCUGUACAUAUUUAAUGACAGUUUUGAAGCAAACAGUUUUCACUGUACAGCAUAUUAUUUCUUCAGGGAAAGCAAAUUAUAUUUUUUUUCCUUCCUUUGAGCCACAAAAAUCAUUUAAAAUAUAUUAACCAGCAUUUUUGAUUUUUUUUUUUUUGGUUACAUUUUCAUGCAUCUGCACUGAUACAGAACUGUGGUAAGCACAAACUUAAACCGUCAAAACCUUCAGUCUACAAAGCAUUACAGUUACACUUGAAUAUUUUUUAGUUCUUUGGAAAUUUUAAUAUAGAAAAGAGAUAUAUUAAGCAACCAAAAUUAAGUAAUACUGGAACUUGUAGAGAUUCGAAAGCUUCUCUCCAGAUAAUGACAUUGUAAUCUUAAGACACUAUCAGUAGCCUGUAAUUUCUCUUCCUGUAUUAGUGUAUUUUGCAUUUAAUAGGACAGUUUCAGUCCAGUCUUUAAAUCAAUGUAGCUGAAACAGUCUUUGUAAGAAAUGGUAUCAAUCAUGUUUAUUAAUUUGUUUCAGGUAUUUCUGGUGCUCCUGUGGCAGAAGAUCUAAUAUAUACACUUAAAACUAGGUUAUGUGAGCUGAUUAGUUAUUUGGAAAAACUUGCCUUUGAUGUAUUACAGGCAGAAAGAAAGCUUAUGGUGUUAUGGUAUGUUUGCUUUGAAUUUCAUAGUGUGUGUGCAGUAAACUAUGUCAGUGGUGACCAACCUGCUGCUACUACUUUUUUUUGCUUGUUAUUCUCAACUUGAAAACGAUAGCACUUGUUUUGUAAAACAACACUGGUUCAAAUGUAGAGCAGGUGAAACUGAGAUGCAAGUGCAGCCAGACUAAAUGUUUUGCUGUGCAGCCAUACAGGUAGUAUUUUUAAUUUUUUUUUUUCUGGUGGGAAACUUCUUCAGUGAUUCAUUUCCUUUAAAGCAAAGGUUCAGAUCUACAUCUGCGAUCACGUUUAAAUGGGUGUGGUUCUGCGAUCCCUUUGGCUGUUAAAGAACAAAUGAAACGUAGACUGAUUUUUAAAAAAAAAAAAACUUUCGAAGAAUGAUUUUAUUUUCUAGGUCCUUAAAUAGACCUACAAUCUAGUAUUUUUUGAUUGCACCAGUGAAUGAUUGGGAUUUAGCUACCUUCGUUUGAAUUUUAUAUCAAUAUCCUCAAUUCUCCUGUCUUCUGUUCAGUAGCCAUUUAAAGUACUCUAACUUGAAUUUCCCAUUUAAUAUCCUUGUUUAGAGAUGAAACGGGUUUACAUUGUGUGUAUACAAUAUAAUCUCGUUCCAUCCAAGGAUGAUUGACAGGGGUGGGUGGGUAUAUGUGUGUGUGUGUGUGUGUGUGUGUGUGUGCAUGCGUGCACGUACAUUUUUUAAUAGUUGUUAUAUAUUUAAAGUGUAAUUAGGAUUUUAACUGAUGUUAACACCCUCUGCUUACACAAGCAUCUUUGUAACAUAUUCUAGAUUACCUAAUUGUGUCAGGUAUAUAAAUCAGGUAUUAAACUAAAAUGUUUUGUUGUUAACAAUGAUACGCUGUUAAAAAUCAGCAGCUGCACAGUCCAGACAAAUAUUUAGUCCAGAAAAUAUCAGGUAUUUUCCUAUAGUUUCUGUAUUACCUUAGCUUGUCAGGUAUUCCCUUUUUUGUAAUUAUAAAAUGUUUUGUAGUUGUACUACAUCUUUGGCCUCAGUUUAUAAUUCUGCUGCUUACAUCUAUGUAUUACUCAACAAAGUCUGCAUUUGCUGGCAGUGCAAAGGCAUGCAAGGUUAUGGGGAAUAAGGCUCAGCCAACAAGAUGAUUCUCCUCUUUUACAUAGAGCUCUCUUGAUGUCAGUCAUUGUUUUGUAUUGGGGCAAUCCCAAAGUAAGUGAAAAUGUGCUUGUGGCCAAUGAUACCAGACGUUUCUGACUUAAAGUGUGUUGUGCAAUUUUUAACCGUUCUGUUUGGGUCCUCCAAGAACCUGACAAGUUAAAAUAGAAAAGUAUUUUUCAUUUUAUUGAAAGAUAGCCGUUGUUUGUUUUAGGUACUUAAAUGGAAUUAUUUCUUAGAUUAUAUUUUCUUGUAAUGUUUGUUAAAAUUAAAUAUUAUAAUUUCCACUUUUAAAACCUCAUUAUGAAACUUUUUUUUUUUUUAUGGCUAAAGAAGAUGGUAUAACUCAUUCUUUGCUAGGUGGGAAUUCAGGAGGUUACACAAAGACUAACAAUCAUUUGUGGGAGUGUAAAGAAUGGCUUAAAGUCAGGGUGUGCUCAUGUUUAUUUACACAGGAACUGCGCAGAACCCUUGCAGUAAACAGCAGCGCAAAUUCUGCAGAUGAGCUACUGAUCUGGCCUAACAUAGAGGAGGUCCAUGGUGGUGGCAUCAUGCAGAGGAUGUGUGUUCAGUUCUGAUAAAUUCUCUUAGUAGUUAUGGGGUCAGUUUGGUAUUGGACAAGGACUUCCCUGCCCCAGUGCAAAUAUCGUUCCUGACUUUUUGAAUAUGUAGAUACCACCAUUUUGAAGAGUAGUUUAUUAUUUCUUGAAUUUUGACUUUUGUAACAUUAAUUCUGAUGCCAGCUUGACUAAGAUAUACUUGUUAUCAACAGUUUAAACUAUCUGUCCAUCUUCCUAACUGACUUAUCCAGGGUGGGGUUGUGGGGCAGCUUGUAUCUAAAGCAGUAUUAAAAGUUAUAAAUGCAGAGUACAAUAAUUCACAAAAUAUAAUCUAUGGGCAGGCAGGUUAAGUGAGCAGCUUGGAGAGACACAGUGCCUGAGAGGUGGGGAUUGAGCCACUGAGCUCUACGGUCUGUUAAGCUUUGGAAGGUAAAGACGUUUAGCUACAGCCAGUAAUCUGCUCCCAUUUGUGUGUUUUGUGAACUGUGUGAAAUACUCUUAACGUGAUUGAUUCCAAAGAAUACAAUUAAGCCUUCCCUAAAUAAUACACUGUAUUCUUAUUCUAAAACAAAAUGGGCAGUUUGCACAUUUGUAACCUAUAUUUAUUCUUCAGGACAUUAUAAUGUCUUUGCAAUGAAAUUUAUAAUGAUGAAAUUCCUGUGGAAUUGAGAAACAUCUCGCCAGUCUAGCUCCUGUUUGAGAUUUUCAUGAUGGUAUAAAUGUUUUGACAUUCUUUUCUAAGAGCCUAGACGAAUGUUUCACACCCUUUGUGUUGUCAUGUCCCAGUUUUUCUACAUGAUGGGCUGAGAUUUUAGAGUGAGCAUCUGAACAGAAAAGUCAGGUGGUAUGGUCCUCCUGAGGUAGCCACGAUCCACCUGCAAUGCUGCUGCAGUCGACAGAAUGUGGAUGUUAGGUGAGGUUUGGGGGCAGGCAGCGUUUCAUACCAGGUCGGCUGCUGCCCACAGGUUGAGAAUCACUGACCUAGACUGAUGGAAUAUUUGCCGACUUUGCUUAUGUCGGCAUACUGCUCUGGGUACAUUGCCUAAUCAUUUUCAGGUAUAUUUAGUAGCCUCUUGUCUAAAAUAAACUCUGGGUUCCAUCAUUCCAUAGCUGACCAUGUAGUGCUCAAGACCUGCAGAAUGAAAGCAGUGUGUUAAAUGUAGGAGUAUUGUUCACAACGGCAACACCACCUUUCUGCUACCCUUUCUGUACUCGAUAGCAUGCAGAGAAGCUUUAGCAAUACAAUGAUUUGCAUAUACAAUGUAUUUUAAAAUACAGGCAGUUUAAACGACUCGCUCAGAAAAUAUCAGGUUCAUCCUUAGCCACUGAACAGCUUGCUGAUUACACUUCAAGGUAGCCUAGAUACUUGCACCGUAUAAUAAUAAUAACACAAUACUUGACAAGGUCAGCAUAUUAAACCUAAAAUUACAGCUGUUUUCUGACUGAUAUCAAUUGAAUAGACAUCAGAGGCUUAGAUUUUCAUCCCACAUUUUGAGAUGCUGCAAAUUUGUGACUUGCUGGAAUCCACCUUGAUGUGUGAGGAGUUGGUGUAUUUGUGUGGCUUCUCUUUGCUGGCCUUGAAGUGGAAAGCAGUAUUCAGGUUUGAUGUGGAAGCCAGCUAACUACUUCACAACAAUACUUCUGAAGAACACAGCUCACCCCAUCUAGGGACAACAUGGUGCCAUUUACAAGUCUAUUUACUACAAUAGUUUGCCCGUAUGCUACCAGGUCUACCCUGUCCUCAGUCAGUUGAGCACUGCCAGUUUCCUACCUUUUAUUUAACCCCUUGGUUGCCUGAUGGGGACUAAAUGACCUCUAAUCUAUGGCAGUAACAAGACUGCCAGAUAGAACCUUGUCAGGUUUAAUGAAGGACUUAUCAAACUUUCUUUAUACUUCUUCCUCCUCACAUAAGGGCAUAUACUGUAAGUCAAGUAUUAGGUCACCCUUUGAUCUUCAUGUUUGAUCCUUAGCACAUCCUUUUGUCCACUAAUUGUUUUGGCUUGUACCAAAAAGGGCAGUUUACGUGUACAAUGUGAUGUUGCUGUUGUCAAGUCUUCCAUGAAGUUUACCUGAUUAUUAUUUCUUAAUGUGGGAAAUGAGUGGACCUUAGAAAGCUAAUGACUGAUGAGCAGGAGACCAAAUGUAAUACUUGUCACCCUACAGGCAGAAUAUCAAGUGCCCUUUAAAGGGGCCUUUUUAUGAAUGAAGUCCAUAAUUAUAUACAGGGCAACGUGAAGUUUGCUCACAGUGACGCUUUUACUGGUUUUCAGUAAUUACGUACCCUAUGAUGGGAAACUGUGCUUUGCCAUUCUGAAAAGCCUAGCGGUAUGGGGGCGAAUAUGCGAAUAACUGAGUAGAAGUGUACAAGACACUUGAUGUAGUUUUGAUAAAAUACUGGCUGGGUUAAAAGUGUGCAUCUCUUGUGCUCAGUUAGAUGAGGUUUGUAGUUUUCUCACUCGCUAAUGUCGUGUUUGUUGUUUCUGCUUUACAUAAUCUCGCAGUAUGUGUUGAUGUAUUCUGCUGCAGAGACGCCAUCUCAUGCUACGCAUUCUUUCUUGGUCCCCACUGCUGCUUUUCAGCUUCUGUCUUAUAAUUUGUGUGUGUCCUCCUUGAUGCAAAAUGAAGGAAAACUAUACCCUAGCAAAAAGUGUAUUUGGAUGACCGUACCUGCUUUGAUUGUGUGUCAUAAUUUACUUUGAUCUUAAAUGAAUGUACAAAAUUUAUGAUUAACUGUGCAAAUGCGGCAGAUUUCUUUGAUCAUCAUUCAGAUUGCUAUCCCAUGAGGUUUCUGUUAAAAAAAAAAACAAAAAAAAAACGAAGCACUGCUUCGUAAAGGAAGCUUUGUUGUAUUUGUCUCUAUCUUGAUCAGUGCCAUAGCACUUGUAAGAGCUAAGCAAAGACUUGAACAAUUUGGCACACUGCUUGAACCAAGUUAUUGCUAAAUCAAAUUGGAGUUGUCCUGUACAUCUUGAACUUCGAUAACCAGUAGCAGCUUCAGCCUUCAGAAAGUCAUGUUUCAGGGAGAACAAUCUCUAUUCCUGUCCUUCCAACUGCCAUAUGUUGACCAGUCCACCUUAAUAUAGGACCCUCUACAAAGCAGACCAUCGCAGUGUACGUUAUAAAGCGCCCUAAGCUAGGCUGGUCACGAUACUAAAAUUUCAAUAUGAAAGGAAGACGUGCAUUGAAGUUCAGAACCCAAUAUAGUAUAUUGUUAUGGAACUAAAUAAGAACGAAUGCGUACGGAACUGCGGUUUACUUAAAUACAAGUCUUAAAAUUGAUGAAAACAAAUAAUAAAUGUAAGUCAUUAAAUGCAAAAGGUUCAAGCAGUACAAUCUUUUGUAAUAUGAGUGCAGUUCUGUAAACAAUGAAAAGUAAAGUUUAAAUCCAGUCAAGUUUUUUUUUACAUUGAUGAAAACAAAUAUUGUUACCAAGUUAGUGCACAAUAACAUGUUACAAAUGUCAUAAAAUGUUAAUUGAAUAAGUAUUGCAAUGUUGUUUUGUAACAAAUAAACAGCCAAGUGAAAGGA